AAAGCAGGGUCAUCAGAAGCCUCUCGAUGCAAAAGAUGAUAAUACCGAGAAACAGUGCCCAGUGACAGUGAACCCUUGGCACAUGAAGAAAGCAUUUAAAGUCAUGAACGAAUUAAGAAGUCAAAAUUUGCUGUGUGAUGUCACAAUUGUGGCCGAAGACAUGGAAAUCUCUGCGCACAGAGUGGUGCUGGCCGCCUGUAGUCCUUAUUUUCAUGCCAUGUUUACAGGUGAGAUGAGUGAGAGCCGAGCAAAGAGAGUUCGAAUAAAAGAGGUAGAUGGCUGGACCCUGAGGAUGCUAAUUGAUUAUGUUUACACUGCAGAAAUUCAGGUUACAGAAGAAAACGUGCAGGUACUUCUGCCAGCAGCUGGUCUAUUACAAUUACAGGAUGUGAAGAAGACUUGCUGUGAAUUUUUGGAAUCCCAGCUUCACCCUGUCAACUGUUUAGGAAUCCGGGCCUUUGCCGACAUGCACGCAUGUACAGACCUCCUGAAUAAGGCCAACACCUAUGCAGAGCAACACUUUGCUGAUGUUGUACUUAGUGAAGAAUUUCUCAACCUUGGCAUUGAACAAGUGUGCAGCUUAAUCUCCAGUGACAAACUUACCAUUUCCUCAGAAGAGAAGGUAUUUGAAGCAGUGAUAGCAUGGGUGAACCAUGACAAGGACGUGCGGCAAGAGUUCAUGGCCCGGCUGAUGGAGCAUGUCCGCUUGCCUCUGCUUCCUCGGGAGUAUUUAGUUCAGAGGGUUGAAGAAGAAGCGUUGGUCAAGAAUAGCAGUGCUUGCAAAGAUUACCUCAUUGAAGCUAUGAAGUAUCACUUGCUGCCAACAGAGCAGCGGAUAUUAAUGAAGAGUGUCCGGACCCGGCUGAGGACACCCAUGAACCUUCCCAAGCUGAUGGUAGUGGUUGGGGGCCAAGCCCCAAAGGCAAUCCGAAGCGUGGAGUGCUACGACUUCAAAGAAGAGCGGUGGCACCAGGUGGCAGAGCUGCCUUCGCGGAGGUGCAGGGCAGGGAUGGUCUACAUGGCUGGGCUUGUUUUUGCUGUUGGUGGCUUUAAUGGCUCCCUAAGAGUUCGCACUGUGGAUUCCUACGACCCUGUGAAGGACCAGUGGACGAGCGUGGCUAACAUGCGGGAUCGGAGGAGCACUUUGGGAGCUGCUGUGCUGAAUGGAUUGCUGUAUGCGGUGGGAGGCUUUGAUGGGAGUACAGGCCUAUCUUCUGUGGAAGCAUAUAACAUAAAGUCUAAUGAGUGGUUUCAUGUAGCUCCAAUGAACACUCGAAGAAGCAGCGUGGGUGUAGGCGUUGUUGGAGGACUGCUGUAUGCUGUUGGGGGCUACGAUGGGGCGUCCCGCCAGUGUCUGAGCACCGUGGAAUGCUACAAUGCCACUGCCAACGAGUGGACCUACAUCGCGGAGAUGAGCACCCGGCGCAGCGGGGCAGGUGUAGGUGUGUUAAACAACUUGUUAUAUGCUGUGGGCGGUCAUGACGGCCCGUUAGUACGCAAAAGCGUUGAAGUCUAUGAUCCCACCACGAACUCGUGGAGACAGGUUGCAGACAUGAACAUGUGCAGAAGAAACGCAGGAGUCUGUGCAGUCAAUGGUCUGUUGUAUGUUGUUGGAGGGGAUGACGGGUCCUGUAACUUGGCAUCCGUAGAAUAUUAUAACCCCACCACAGAUAAGUGGACCGUCGUGUCUUCCUGUAUGAGCACGGGGAGAAGCUAUGCGGGGGUCACAGUAAUUGAUAAGCCGUUAUGAGCCCAGAGGACAUUCGUGGCAUAUUUACACGUGAGAAUCAGGCCUUGGCAGGUGUUUCUGAAGUGACUGAGAACCUGGCGCCUCACCACUUGCAGCUGCGCUUUCAGUCUCGGCAGAGGACGAGACCACCUGCCUUUCUAAGCCUCGGAUUCUGAAGAUUAUUUUCGGUAGAAGCACCGUGUAGGGUUUUUCUGCAAUGAGCAGCAGCUGACUGAAUUUUCCUAAGAAGCCUGGACUGCAGCGCUUGCUCUGCGGCCCCAGCCAACAGUUGCUUUCCUACAGACUGGCUCCUGCCAGCCUUGAGUGACUGGAUUAUCGUGUGAAGGAGGAUAAGAGUGUCCUUGUAAAAUUAAAGUUUAUCUUUAUUCCUUCUCUUGAAAAUCUGUGUUACCCAGGAACUGAGAAUCUUGGAAAAGGUAUUAAAAUCUACGUAAGUAUACAAAGUAGUUGAGGAAUAAAACUGUUUGCUUUUUUAAAUAUCUUUGAUUACAUGAAUAUAAUAAAUCGUGUGCAUAUAAAUGUGUGUCUAUAUGCUUUCCCUUAAACAUGUUUGAAAAGAUGUUUGGAACUUGAUUAUCCUAUUUAUAAUGGCACAGUACUUUGAAUUAUGCCAGUACUACAUUGUAAAACAGAGUUGUAUUUUUUGAUAUUUAACAAUGCUUAACACUUUAAAAUGCCACUUCUGAGGAAUGAAAAUGGUGUGACACACUUGAAUAUGUGUGAUGCCAAACUUUUUUAAAUAAAAUAUAAAUUAUGCUUAUUUAUUAUUUUCUUUAGUUUAAUCUCGGUCAUGUUUUGGUGUGUUUUUAAUUUUUUUCUCAAGGUAACACUUUGGCAUGACUAUAACUGCAGGUUUUGAUGACUAUAAUGAAUGUAUGGAAUUCAACUGAAUUUGCAUGGUCUUAAGAGCUUUUCCUGUGUGUGUCCAUUUAGCUGCUAUUAACAGAAGAGGCAGCUUUCUGUGAGUAGCCACGUGUGGUGGUUGGUUAGUUUUUCUGAGAUCUUCAAGUAAUCUGACUUUAAAGAUGACCAAAACAUGUCUUUCUUGAAUUAUCUUUGAAUAAAAAUUUGUAUACUAUUUGUUUCAG